ACAAGCGUAACCACUUGAUUUCAUAUAUUACCCUCUACAGGCACGCUGAACUUUGUAGUGCGGUUUCAACCUGAGACUACGUUCGCUUCUGUAAUUCAAGUUGGUGUUUUUACCUUGGCUGGAACGGUGAAGUGCUUGUUACGUGGUUUACGUGUUAUGAAAACAGAAAAAGGCUGAUGUUAUGUUAUUGACAUAAAUUUUUAUUUGUUAUUCGAAUAAGGCGUAAUAACACAGCGCAGACAAGACGAGUGCUCUCCUCUCCGAAGUUUCUGGAAUUCUCGCGUGAAAAUGCCGCAGAGCAACGACCAAGAUGCCGUUACUUCCACAUACAAAGGAGGAGGCUACAGUGGGGCAGCAGGUUCACUGUGGUCCACCGUUAAAAAGGCCUUAGUAAUUUUGACAUCGCUACUAGUGGUCCUCUUGGCUCUACGCAAUACCAUCACAUAUCACCUUCAGCAUUUCUGGGGUGCAUCUGGAAAUUUCUGGCAACUCCAGUGGGACAAAUUUAGAACACUAUUUGGAAACGAUGACUGCAAUGUCCUUGUUUACGGAGGAACACUGGCCACCUAUGCUGUGUACUGGAUAGCUGGCAGUGUUUAUACUUUCAUGGAUGUCACGGGCAUUCCAGCUUUUAUCAGACAGUAUAAAGUGCAGCCUGGCACCAACGAACCUGUUGAAACCAGGAAACUUAUCAAGUGCAUCCUCGUGGUACAGUUGAAUCAACUGGUUGUGGGAGUAGCUUUUUCCCGGCUGGUUUUCUAUCUGGGAAGCCUCCGGGGAUACGACGCCUCGCCCCACCUCCCAACUUUCCACUGGUUCUUGUUCGAGUUAGCUGUGUGCGUCCUCGUUGAAGAAAUUGCCUUUUAUUAUUCUCACAGGUUGUUCCACCACAAGAGUAUUUACAAGCAUUUCCACAAGAUCCACCAUGAAUGGCAAAGCCCCAUUGCCAUCACAGCACUUUAUGCUCAUCCGCUGGAACACAUCCUGUCCAACAUGGCACCAGUCAUAGCAGGUCCACUGAUACUCGGCUCGCACCCUGCAACGUUCCUGUUGUGGUCUUCCCUGGCUGUCUUCAGCACAGUCACUGUUCACAGUGGAUAUCACCUCCCCUUCUCCAUGUCCCCGGAAUUUCAUGAUUUCCAUCACCUGAAAUUCAACCAAUGCUACGGCGUUCUCGGCCUCCUGGAUCACCUCCACGGCACAGAUGAUAAAUUCAGAGCCUCAAGGAACUACAACAGACAUAUGACCAUGCUCUCUCUCACGCCUCCUCGUCAGAUGUUUCCUGAUGAACCGAAUGGUAAAUGCGUUAGAGGAAAACAGGAGUAACACGCAGUCAGCGAACCACAAAAACCUCCAAAAAGGCGACAGAAAAUCCUAAAUAUAGUCCAAAAGGGAAA